AUUUAUUGCAGUAAACUGAAUCCGAACCGCGCAUUUGUAGUGAUCAUACCGCCACCAAAUGUUACCGGAACGUUGCAUCUUGGACACGCUUUGGCUACAACUGUUGAAGACACCGUUUGCAGAUGGCAUCGAAUGCAAGGCAAAGCAGUGCUGUUCAAUCCGGGCUGUGAUCAUGCUGGAAUUGCCACACAAGUAGUGGUCGAAAAACGCUUGAAACGUGAACGUGGAUUAACUAGGCAUGAUCUUGGGCGUGAAAAGUUUGUGGAGGAAGUAUGGCAAUGGAAAAACGAGUAUGUUCUCUUCAAAAAAGGAGAAGUGAUUUAUGAUCAACUACGAAAACUGGGAGCUGGCGUUGAUUGGGACCGUGCCUGCUUCAUGAUGGAUCCGAAAAUCACACGUGCCGUGGUACACGCAUUUAUCGAACUGCAUGAAAGAGGCAUCAUCUAUCGGAGUAAUCGAUUGGUGAAUUGGUCAUGUGUAUUACGAUCUGCCAUUUCAGAUAUUGAA